AUGGAUGAGGACUCAUCGCCGGUAUGCAGCCCGACGUUGGACGCAGACCCUCCCAAACGACCAGCACCCAGCUCAGGCUCCGAGGCUGCUCCAAGGCCCAAGCGUGGAAAAUACACCUCUGUUGCUUGCAACGAGUGUAAAAAGAAAAAACUGAAAUGCAUUCCGGUAGACGCCUCAAAUUGCGAGCGAUGCAUAGCCAGUGGCGUCGAAUGCGUGUUUGCAGCUGCGCCGCAGCAAAGCAACAAGAAGAAGGACGAAAGCCAUCAGAUUCAAGCUCUUGGUGAUGAAUUGGCAAAACUACGACAACAAGUCAAUGAUCUCUCCUCAAUAGUUGACGAGUUGAAACACCAGUCAUCUGGAGCUCGAAUCACAACUACUAGCCAGCUGGAUGCGCUACUAGCUCAAUCACCUUCGAAUACAUCCAAGGACAAUGUACCGAAACACCCCCAGUUCGUGGGACCGACGCGACCAUCGUACGGGCUUGUCAUCGCUGAGCGCUCACUUACACGCAUGGGAAUACCUGCUUCCCCGUCCCCAUCUCCUAGCGGCGCGCCGUCACCAAUAGAGCCCGAACAAGCGGAAACAACUGAUCUGGAAUUCUGGGCUCAGUGCUCCCCUGACGAGAUGGCCAGGUUGCUGGCCGUCUUUGAGGAAGAGGUCGAGUCCGUGUAUCCCUUCAUCGACAUACUCGAGCUCGCUUCGAAAUCAGAGCAGCUUCUAGGAGUCAUUCGUGAUCCGGCAUCACUUGAUGACAUUCCCAAGAAUGCCCUUGAACCACCAUUGACUGCCACCGACGUGGAAUUGGCCAAACUUGCUGUAGCCACUGGAAUUGCGAUUGAAGCCCAUGGCAAAAACGACCUUUGUACAGCAAUCUCUGGCUCCGUUGAGGCUCGAGCGGCGAGGAUUUCCAGAAGUGAGGUAGAUCUCAAGGGUAUACAGUUGCUCAUGAUGCUGAGCAUAUACUACUUCCACUGCGACGAUGAGUUACUAGCAUGGAGGACAAUCGGCAUUGCAGCCCGCGAGGCUCUUGAAAUGGGGCUUCACCGACGAAAAAGUCUUGUAGACAACUUUCCAGAUGCAAAAUCACGCCAUGAAGCACUAAGAGUCUUUUGGUGCUGCUAUGUACUCGAUCGACGAUGGAGUUUCGGCACAAGUCUGUCCUUCGCACUGGCGGACAGGGACAUAGAUCCCGCGCUCCUAGAACCGGACAUUGAUUCAUCGUAUCUGAAAUGUAUGGUUGGGUAUGCCCGGCUGUGCUCAAAACUAUGGGACGCAAUACCUCCUUUUGGUGCCUCGUGCCAGUCGAUACCCUCCGACGUGGUGAAUGAUUUGGACUCUAGCACUCAAACAUGGCUAGAAUCCAUCCCACCCCAUCUUCAGAUGCGACAUCCAAGGGCGUUUUAUUCCACCCGCUCGCAACCUAGGGUCCUUCACAGACUUCGAGCGCUUCUCUACCUUCGCGGCAACCUUACCAGAAUAUCUAUAUACCAACACCAUCUCAUGAGUGCGGCUACUAUCAGAGCUGAUCUGCCGCGUGCAAAAAUUGCCGUCGACUUGGCUCAAGACACGGUCCAAGUUCUUGUCCACCUGAAUGCCACGUCGGAUAUCUAUUCUCGACAGCAAAAUGCUUUCAAUUACUUUCUGCUGAGUGCAUUUGCAGUGAUCUCACUGGCCAUAUGCCACGCGCCGAAUCUGUUCGCUGCAGGAUGUACACAGAGCUUCAUCGACGCCAUUGGGCUAGUAAGGGGGUUUAGUCGCCACAGUAUUGCAAGCCGACGAUUGUGGAAGAGCAUUCGAGGCCUGCUGCCGCGGCUGAAAAGUCUUGGUGUCCAAGACUGCGAUGCUCAACCUCGAGACAUGGCUUUGACAUCGCAAAGACGCAGCCCUUCUUCGCCAUUUGAACCGACAAACCUGAGUGGUCAUGGACAACCCUACAGCCGUAUUGGGCAAACUGUUCGCUAUCAAGACAACUGGGCCAUCAAUCGCCAAGAACUCAGCGGUCAGGUCGAAAACCAAGGGUUUGGCAGUGAGCUCCCUGGUGUGACGGAAUUGAGUAAUGAUAUUAUGAACCUCUUUGAUACGCUUGGCCAAGGAAAUCAGUUCCAGGACGAGAUUGAUCCUGGGAUAUACAAUGCAUUGGAUGUUGAUUUCGGUAGUCAAGACGGGCUGGGUAUUUCCCGCCGCUUUCUGCAGGGGCUGAUGUAA